AUGUACUCGACGUUCCUUUUUGUUGCCCUCGCAGUAGCGUCAAGCAUUGCUUUGGGCAACGCCAGACGAUGCGACAACAAGCACAUUAUCGACUCCACACCCGUGACUAUGCCCUCUGGCCACACCAUUACCAUGCAGAGGUUCAACUGCACCAACGACAUCCACGAGGCCCCCAAAGCUCGAGCGGCCGCAAACUCACUUCGAUCUCUGCAGGACAAGCGCGCUGCUUCUCAGUGCACGACAGCCAACUGCAUCUGCGGUGUUCCUUGUUUCUUUAGCAUGUGCUCCGCUACUACCGAUCAUAUUCAAGCAGCGGACUGCACCAACCUCGCAAACUCUCUUAUAAACAAUCCGGCUACCUUCACAAUCCCACCCGGCCAGGCUCUCGCAUUCAUCCUCAACAGCUGCGAAUACGCCGCUUUCGGCACCAGCUCGACGCAACCGACAGAAUACUGCUUCAACGACUUUGGUGUCGCUGCGUCAGAGGUGUUCCAUGUCUGCGGGAACACUCAGCACGGAUCAUGCGAAGGUACACUGAACGGCGCCCCUUUCUUCGUCGACCAAUUGUGA